AUGACCUCGGAAAACUCUCCCCUUCUUCAUUACCGCCUCUUCAGUGUAUCCGAUGGCGCUCUGGGGCCUGCAGACUCCGCCCUAUGCGGCACAGAAACUAUUACCGCAGGUCCUGCACCACGCAAACUUUCCACCUUUUUUGGUGUUGUGGUGCCCACUGUUCUGUCCAUGUUCAGCAUUGUUUUAUUCAUGAGGAUCGGUGAGUUCUCCCGAUACACGGGCUGUACGUGACCAGGGACACCAUAGAAUUCAUGCACAGUAUACUGGGGUACAAAUUGCUUUCAGGAAGGCAGGGCUCCCUAUGUGAAUAAAAAGACACAGAGGGGCGAAAUAAUGGCAAACAUUAGCAGAUACAAGAGGUGAAUAAGUCUUUAUUAAAACAAGUUACCAAGCUAGGAUAUAUUAUAAUAAUUGAACUGGGCAGGAAAUGAAUUGAUUUAAAAUGAUCGAUAAGACCCACUGACCGAUGGCUAUCAAAGAUAAAAUGUUUGUAUUACCCUGAUAAAACCGACCGACUGAUUAUAUUCAGCUUAUUGCACUAAGGAAACUUGUGGGUUUUUUUGUUUUUUUUUACUAUUUUGUGUCCUCUUAGAGCAGGGGUGGCAACCAUCGGCACUCCAGAUGUUGUGGACUACAUCUUCCCUAAUGCUUUGCCAGCUUUAUGACUAUAUGAGCAUUGUGGAGUGGUGAAGGUUGUCUACCCCUGUUUUAGAGCUCAUGUCUAUGUCUGCAGUGUCAGACUGACCACUGUCUUCUUUCUUCUUCCAGGUUUCGUUGUGGGACAUGCGGGUCUCCUGCAGUCUCUUCUCAUGCUAUUUGUGGCCUACGCUAUCAUCUGGCUGACUGUGCUCAGUGUCUGUGCCAUCUCUACUAACGGAGCUGUCCAGGGAGGCGGAGCGUACUGUAUCCUAAUCAGACUUCAAUGAAAAUGUUAUUCAAAACGGCACAGGCCGCCUCGAGAUAGGUGAGGGCCCUCUUCCCAAUGGCCGUAGUUUUAUCCUAUUUCUAUAUAUUUUGGGCUUGUGUAUGCUCUGCUCAUCAGGAUCAGGAUAUUUUAGGAAGGAUAUUUUUCAGGGAUAGAAAAAUGAAGGCACUCCACAUGUUGUAGACAACAUCUCCCCUGACGAUUUUCCAUUUUGCUGUAAGUGCAUUAUGGGAGAUAUAGUCCACAACAUUUGGGUUGGCGUACCGAAUGUUGCCAACCCCCAUUCUAGAUAAUCACAAAAUAUCGAAAGAACUUUGUUUUAUACUGGCUUCUUCCACCCCUUUCUUUCCCAUCCCUUGUCCAUCUCUACUCUGUUGUCCUCCUUGAUUGUCUCCCAGUUAUGAUCUCACGAACACUAGGUCCUGAGUUUGGAGGUAGCAUUGGUCUGAUGUUCUAUCUGGCCAAUGUAUGUGCAUGUGGAGUCUAUGUUCUGGGACUGGUGGAGGCCGUGCUUGACAUCUUUGGGAAAGGUCUGUAUGGGUUUUAUUUAUUUUUCUUUUACAUACUCUGCUCACUUGUCUCCUUUUUUAUUUGUUAAUCUACCUUAAUUGUCAUUCACACUCACAUAAUCAGUUUUUUCUCUUUUCUCAGACACGUCGGGCAUUUCAGACCCUUUGCGUGCUCUCCCCCAAGGGUACGGCUAUAACUUUCUUUAUGCUAGCGUGGUCCUCCUCCUUUGUUUGUCGGUUUGCCUGGUUGGAGCCUCCAUUUAUUCGCAAGCUUCAUUCUUCAUCUUUAUUGUGGUCUUGUUAGUCCUUUUAUCAAUUUUACUUAGUUUUGUGGCUGUAGGGCCACUCCAUGUGACCAUUCGACAUGGAGAUAACACAACUAUAAUUGGAGAAUAUACUGGAAUCAACAGCACCACUCUACAUAACAAUCUACAUGGUAUGUAUAGACUGUUUAUACCUCUGACCUCAUACUCUGUUAUUUUUAAAUCACGUGACUCUCUCUCGCUUUCUCUCAUCAGCCGAUUAUUCCUUGGACUACACUACCGGUAAUCUCAUGAACUUUGCUACAGUGUUUGCGGUUAUGUUUAAUGGUUGCACCGGAAUCAUGGCAGGAUGUAACAUGUCUGGUAAGAAACAUUUGCAAAUAAAGCGAAUUGGUGGCAGAAGUAGGUUGUUGCCUGAGCAUAGAAUCCAUUUGAAUUGGUAUAUCCCUCCCCCCCCCCCUCUACCUUAAAUGGGGAUGCAGACUAUUCCAGUAUAAUUUACCAGAAAUAAAGACACAAAUGAAGUGUGCAAGGUGCUUAAUCCCAAUUUUAUGUAAAUAAACAAUUCGUAAAACUGCUGCAGACACAAAGAGUCACAUAAAAAAUGUGAAGUACGGCACGUUUUUUUGUUUUGUAUUCCAGUUUGGUUAUUAGAUUUAAUUCCCCUCGACCCUUCUUUAAAUAAAUGUAAUUAUAAAACAAUAUGACUGUCCCUUCCAUGCACAAAAUAUUAUUAAAAAUAUAAAUUUAACAUUCCUUCCCCCAACCCAGGUACGUAUUACAGUAAAGUAAAACUCUUUGCAAUGCUUACGUAGGUUCUGAAAACCUAGAGUAGUAUUGCAAAUUCCAGUUUAAGAACAUGCAGCCGGCAUUGCCAUAAAAUAUUAAUAAAACUGUCAAAUGCUCCAUUUAUUGCUAUUUGUAGAGAAUCUGCUGGUAUGCUUACUUCCAAAAUAGCCAUCUAAAUAGCAAAUAUGCAACAAAAUCUCCUCCCCUCACUCAUUCCAUGCAACACAUUACAAACGUCAUUCUUAAAUGGAAGAACUGCUUUAUUUCAGGCUUCUAAGGAGCCCUCAGGUGUAUGCUUUGUAUAAAUCCAGAUUUUCUCUCCCUCUGGGCUGCAUUGCUAGUUUUCACAGAUCUGAAGAUAACAUGGUUAUAGCCACAACAGCUUCUGAAUGCACAGUAACAACUGAUUUAUAUCAUUUUUAUAUUUUUUUUUUAUUCUUAUUUUAAAUUUUUUUAAUGUUCUUACAGGGGAACUUAAGCAGCCCAGCCGAGCUAUUCCCAUUGGCACCAUAAUCGCUGUGAUCAUUACAUUUUUUGUCUAUUUAAUUCUCUUCCUCAUGACUUCACUGACUUGUAACCGGUAAGGCCGCACUCCAGUUUAUUACCCGCACCUAGUAUGGAAACAAAUAUACUGGAAUUAUUACUGGGAAAAGGGGAUUUUCCUAUCACUUUACCUUAUUGGAGGUUUACAAUAAGUAGUAAUACAAUAGCUACCUGUAAGAGAAAGUUGUUCCAGACCAGAAAUGACUUCGCUGAUUAUGAUGCUCCCAAAAGUUCUAUGGAUUUACUGAGUUUAGCUUCUAAAGAAAGAGCUUUGCUUUAGAUGGAACGAUGGGAUAGCUAUCCUAUAGUAACGGAGUGUUGGCCCCCAGGUCUUAUAGUAACGGAGUGUUGGCCCCCAGGUCCUAUAGUAACGGAGUGUUGGCCCCCAGGUCCUAUAGUAACGGAGUGUUGGCCCCCAGGUCUUAUAGUAACGGAGUGUUGGCCCCCAGGUCUUAUAGUAACGGAGUGUUGGCCCCCAGGUCCUAUAGUAACGCCGGAGUGUUGGCCCCCAGGUCCCAGGUGUAACGGAGUGUUGGCCCCUCAGGUCCUAUAGCAGUACUUGAGUAGCUGGCCCCCAGGCCUAUAGUAACGGAGUAGUUGGCCCCCCAGCUCCUAUAUAGUAACGAGUAAAGUUGGCCCCCAGGUCCCAGUAGUAACGGAGAAGGCCCCUGCGGUCCUAUAGUAACGGAGUAGUUGGCCCCAGGUCUGCGUAGUAAACGCGGGAGUAGUUGGCCCCAGGUCCUAUAGUAACGGAGAAGGCCCCCGUGGUCCUAUAGUAACGGAGAAGCGCUCCCCUGUGGUCCUAUAGUAACGGAGUAGUUGGCCCCAGCAGGUGGUCCUAUAAGUAGUAACUGGAGUAGUUACCCCCAGGUCCCAGGCCUGGGAGUGCCAACCCCAGGUCCUAGUAACGGAGCAUGGCCCCCAGGUCCUAUAUAGUAACGUGAGUAAAGGCCCCAACCUGCUAUAGUAAACGUGAGUGGCCCCAGGUCCUAUAGUAACGGAGUAGUUGGCCCCCAGGUCCUAUAGUAACGGAGUAGUUGGCCCCCAGGUAAUGUAGUAACGGAGUAGUUGGCCCCCAGGUAAUGUAAUAUAACGGAGUAGUUGGCCCCCAGGUAAUGUAAUAUAACGGAGUGUUGGCCCCCAGGUCCUAUAGUAACGGAGUGUUGGCCCCCAGGUCUUAUAGUAACGGAGUGUUGGCCCCCAGGUCUUAUAGUAACGGAGUGUUGGCCCCCAGGUCCUAUAGUAACGGAGUAGUUGGCCCCCAGGUCCUAUAGUAACGGAGUAGUUGGCCCCCAGGUCCUAUAGUAACGGAGUAGUUGGCCCCCAGGUCCUAUAGUAACAGAGUAGUUGGCCCCCAGGUCCUAUAGUAACGGAGUAGUUGGCCCCCAGGUCCUAUAGUAACGGAGUAGUUGGCCCCCAGGUCCUAUAGUAACGGAGUAGUUGGCCCCCAGGUCCUAUAGUAACGGAGUAGUUGGCCCCCAGGUCCUAUAGUAACGGAGUAGUUGGCCCCCAGGUCCUAUAGUAACGGAGUAGUUGGCCCCCAGGUCCUAUAGUAACGGAGUAGUUGGCCCCCAGGUCCUAUAGUAACGGAGUAGUUGGCCCCCAGGUCCUAUAGUAACGGAGUAGUUGGCCCCCAGGUAAUGUAAUAUAACGGAGUAGUUGGCCCCCAGGUAAUGUAAUAUAACGGAGUAGUUGGCCCCCAGGUAAUAUAAUAACGGAGUGAUGGGAUGGCCCCCAGGUAAUAUAAUUAAGUGAUGACUCGUACCGCUCCCCCCCAAACCCCACCGGUCGCUAUAGAUAUUAUAUGUGUAGUCGUCCCAUCCUGAACUUGUCCCAUUCAUUCCCAGGACACUGCUGAAAGAGGAUUAUGGAUUUUUUCGAUCUAUUAACAUCUGGUCUCCUUUCGUACUGAUCGGGGUGUACGCCACUUCCCUGUCUGCUUCCAUGAGCACCCUGAUCGGGGCGUCUCGCAUUCUGCACGCUCUGGCCAAGGACGACUUGUUUGGUGAGGAUAGACAGAGCUACCUGUCAUUCACACUCCUUACACAUCUAAGUUGCUGUCUGCCUCUCGGGAGACCAUUACAAUAGUUAUUCCACCGAGCACUCCAUAACAUGUCCUGCGCACCCCACUGUGCACCCUACCAUUUUUCCUGCACUUCCCUCUGUCCAUCCAUCCUCCUUCCCCUCCAUUAUUUAUCUCACUUUAGUGAUCAUCAUGCAUUCACUAUUCAUAGAGAUUUCCAUAAAUCCUUCUUAAAACGUCCCCUAUUGGUUGUCUCAUCUUCGCAUGUCCCACCAACCACCUCAGUCACUCACAUUUUCCCUCUAAUUGUUGUUUCUUGGUUCCCGUCUCCUCCGUUGGAUCUAUCCCUCCAUGUAUCCUGCUAUUCUAGCCUUCCCUCGCUCUAUUACUAGUCUGCUAACCAUUCACACCUGCUUCUGUCUCGACUUUUAUCCAUCAGGAAUAUUGCUGUCUCCAGCUAAACUUGUAUCCAAAGGAGGAAACCCCUGGGGAGCCGUGGUGUACACCUGGUUUUUGGUACAGGUUAGUCCUUACUAG